ACGAGCUCGGCGGCGGGGCUGCGAGGGGCUCCCGCGGCGGGUGAAGAACAAAACAUGACAGAGACAGAUGCUUUCUACAGGAGUGUCAUGAUCGACCCAGCAGAAAAGUACAAAAUGGACCACAAGAGGCGGGGGGUCGCUUUGAUCUUUAACCACGAAAGAUUCUUCUGGCACCUGGCGCUACCCGACCGCCGGGGCACCUGCGCGGACAGAGACAAUCUCCAGCGCAGGUUUUCUGACCUAGGUUUUGAUGUGAAAUAUUUCGACAAUCUCAAAGCAGAGGAAGUGCUACUCAAAGUGCAUGAGGUGGCGACUUCCAGCCACAUGGAUGCCGACUGCUUUGUGUGUGUCUUCCUGAGCCAUGGCGAAGGCAACCAUGUUUACGCCUACGAUGCCAAAAUUGAAAUCCCUGCGCUGACAGGCUUCUUCAAAGGGGACAAGUGCCAGAGCCUGGUUGGGAAACCCAAGAUUUUCAUCAUUCAGGCAUGUCGUGGCGACCAGCAUGAUGUGCCCGUCCGACCCCUGGAUGUAGUGGACCAUCAGAGUGGCACACCCACUGGAAACGUCACAGAGGUAGAUGCAGCCUCUGUGUACACACUGCCUGCUGGGGCCGACUUCCUCAUGUGCUACUCAGUGGCUGAAGGGUAUUACUCGCACCGGGAAACCGUAAAUGGCUCAUGGUAUAUCCAGGAUCUGUGUGAGAUGCUGGCGAAGUUUGGCAGCUCUCUGGAGUUCACGGAGCUGCUCACGCUGGUCAACCGGAGGGUGUCACAGCGCCGUGUGGACUUCAGCAAUGACUACAAUGCCAUUGGGAAGAAGCAGGUGCCCUGUUUUGCCUCAAUGCUGACCAAAAAGCUGCACUUCCUUCCGAAGCCCCAAUAAGGGGAGUGAUUUCAUUCUUAUGUGCCUGUUUUCAAAAUAAUGCCCCUUCUUAUGUAAGUAUCACUAGGUGAAAAAGUAUGGUACAGCAACAUAAAUCAUGGUGAGUUUUUUUCUGGGGGUGUGGGUGCUAAGAUUUACAAACAGAAUCAUCAGGGAUUUUUUUUUUAUAGUGAAAAAAAUCCACAAUGCUUGAAUUCUUGAAUUUUAUAGUCAUUGCAAGAUUGUUUCCACAAUUUUUGUAAACUUUUUUUUUAUAAAAGUUUAUGUAUUU